AUGGCAGCCGUGCGUUGGCGAGAGCUGCUUGCGGAGCUGACACGUGAGCUAGAACACCAGUCUGUGACGCUAAAAGAGCUUGAGACCGAGAACAAGCGUUUGCAGGAACAGCAAGACCAGGUCCGGCAUGUCUCGUCUGCCUUCCAGCUGGCAGGACAGAGAGACUCAAAAGGAAUGACAAGCAUCGUCACAGCUCCGAGAGUGGACGAACUCUUCACAAAGGACCCAAAAGACCAACCCCAGCUCGACUUUCCGGGCGGGCCUAGGACUUCGUUUUCGGGAUCACUCGAUGAGCGCUGGCGAGAAGUCAGCAAGAGGUCCCAUCACCUCAACAAGCCCUGGUACAUGAUCGACCCGGAGAGCGCAUGGUAUGCCUCUGGCUGGCAGGUCGUGGUAGGAUUUGCUUUGGCCUACGUUGCCAUCGUGACCCCGCUGCAAAUUGGCCUUUUCCCCAUCACCUUGGACCUGAUGCUCUUGGUCAGCCUCGCUGUGGACGCCAUCUUCUUGAUGGACUUAAUCCUCCAGUUCUUCGUCAUGAUCUCCGUGUCUACUUACCGCGGCCUGCGCCGUGAAGUGCGACUGAGCAAAGUGGGCCUUCACUACUUGAAGCACUGGUUCCUCAUUGACGCCCUUGCCGUCAUACCCUGGGACUUGAUAGGUGUCCUUCAAGCAGAAUACUCCGCAUCGGCUGGCAUCACGCGCUUGAUUCGCGUCCUGUGGAUGCUGAAGAUGCUGCGCCUGGCGAAGCCGUCGAGGAUACUUCACAAAAUCGAGAUCCCAUACUCCAUCCCGUACCAACAGCAGCUUGCGCUGGUACGCUUUCUCGGCGUUUUGGCGAUGAUCUGCCAUUGGUUGGCAUGCGUUUGGGCUAUGACGCUACAGGUCGUCGACGAGGAAUUUCCUCGCUGGAUCGACGACAUCGCAGAAGUGGAUCAACGAUUUGGAUUCGAAGAAAACAGCUCGCUACGCACCUACAUUGCAGCCUUCUAUUUCUGCAGCUACACCAUGACAUCAGUUGGGUAUGGCGAUCUCGGCCCCCAGAACAUCUUGGAGCGCAUUGUGUGCACCAUGAUGGUUAUGCUCUCGGGACUUUGUUGGGCCUACGUCAUCGGCCAGGUCUGCACAAUUGUGGCGGACAUCAAUGCUGAGAGUCAAGAAUUCCGCCAGAGAAUGCACCACCUGAACAUGAUGAUGGAAGAGGAGCAUCUUCCACACCAGCUGAAGGCGCGGGUGCGGGAGUUCUUCCUGCACAACCGAGAUCAGGCGAGGCACCUCACCCAGCAAUCGCUGCUCGAUGCCAUGAGCCCUCAGUUGAAGGCGGAGGUCGCUACGGUGGUGAACUUCCCCUGGUUGGAGCGCGUGACCUUUUUCAACCGCUUUGUCCGGAAGAUCGAGGAGCUCCAAGGCCAAGGAAUCUCCGUGGCGCCGUACCGCGCGUGCAUCGCGGACAUCGUGCGCCAGCUCAAGAACGUGGCCUAUGCACAAGGGGAGUUUCUGACCACGCUCCGUGUGCUGAGCAUCUUGUCCAAAGGCCUCGUGCUGCGGUCAAGCAGACUUGAGCAUAAGGGCAGCGUGUGGGGCGAAGAUUUCGUAUUAUCCGACAAAUCCAUGGUGCGCCCUGUGCAUGGCUAUGCAUUGACGUACAUGGAAGUUCUAUGCCUUUCACGCGACGACUUCAUGGAUGUUAUUGCGAAGCACAGCGUUACUUGUCCCCGACUUGGGCAAAUCGUCCGGCGCUACUGUGUGCGUGUUGCUGUCCGUCGCGGCAUUCUUGCAGAAGCAAGGCUGCGAAAGCAUGGGCACGCCAGGCAGGCCAGCACGUUUCAGCUAUCGCUGUAG